AUGGAAGCGUUGGGAAACUCUAUCCCGCACUUGCUGUUCCUCGCUUCUCGAUCCGUCAAUGGCAGCGAGCCCGGUGACAAGUCUCCCCAAGAAUUUGCAAAGCAAGGCCGAUACGACUAUGUCCCAUCUUUCGCGGCAGCGGUCGUUUUCAUUGCGCUGUAUGCCGUUGCAUUGAUAACAAAUCUGGGCCAGAUGUUCUGGCACCGAUCUUGGUUUUGGUGGUCGAUGAACUUUGCGGUCGCCCUGGAGUUCAUCGGAUAUGUGACUCGAGCUAUUUCCAUCAAAAAUCUCGAGAACAGGAACACCUUCAUCGUCCAGACUGUUAUGAUCCUCGUUGCACCCGCCGUGAUGGCGGCCGCCUGUUACAUGGCGUUCGGCCGAGUCGUGAUGUGGGUGGUCCCUCCGCGCUUUCAGACGGCUCGCCAUCUCUGGGUGCCUGCGCGCAGGAUCACCCCGGUCUUUGUAGGAUCUGAUGUCUUCAGCUUCUUCAUCCAGGUAAUUGGAGGCUCCAUGGUGGCCGCAGCAAACACGAAAGAGCACGCAAACACCGGGAAAAACGUGGUUCUGGUCGGACUAGGAUUACAACUGGCGUCAUUCGGCUUCUUCGUUUUUGCCAGCCUCCGGCUCAGCAUUCUGCUGAGGACGACGCUCCGAGACGUUUCACUCCCAAAAGAGCGCAACUGGCAGUUGUUCUUGACGGUGAUCAACGUGGCCAAUAUAUUGAUUCUGAUUCGGACGGUGUUCCGCUUGAUUGAAUUCGCCUUGGGAACGAGGAAUUAUCUCACCGAUCACGAGUGGUUCUUCUAUGCAUUUGAUUCGGCGCUGAUGUUCCUCGUGGCGGCAAUCUUCAUUGUCGUCCAUCCGGGCCAUUAUUUGCCGUACCUAGGGAUCAGAAGAAGGGAACAGCAGUUCUCGAGAAACGCGGACAAGGGACCUUUUGCUAAGCUUGCACGCGGCCACAUGACCAUGGAACUGUCAUAA